UCCGGAAGGAAACGAAGGCGGUGUUGUCUUUUAAUUCCAAGUUGCCAAACACCUUAGAGAACCGUAAACACUUAAAUGUUUUUGUAAUAAUUUAAUACGGAGACCGAAGCCAUAGUGUAAAUAGUGAUGUAUUAAAAUACUGAGUUAUUUUUAACGUAAUGGAGAUUUCUAGUACGUUGACAUUGCUUUAUUAACAUUAAUAAAUUCAACGGAUACACGUAUUAUUUAUAGUUUUUGUUUGGCGGCAACACUGAUUAGUAAUCGUAAAUUUACUGCAAGCUUGGGCGCAGCUGUCGUUUUAACUGUUGUAUUUUUGUUCGUUUUAAUGCUUUGACUGGAAUUGAUAAAAAGUGUACCUUGAAAUGGAUAUUGGCGAACUUUUGUCAUAUAAGCCCCCAAACACCCCCAAGAGGACCCAGGAUGAUGAGCUGGAGGACGACGAUGCGAGCAGCGAGUACGAGCGGUACCAGCAGGCGAGGAAGCGGCCCAGGGCGCAGGCCCCGGAGAGAGAGGCGCCCGCGGAGAGACCCAAACUGCCGUCCAAGCUCGUCACGGAAGACGGCGCAGAGGAGAGCACGAUCACGGAGGAGGAGAGGGAGAAGAUACUGCAGCUGGUCGAGAGCAGCGAUAAUAAUGACGCUGACGUGUUGGAUGAAUCUGCACUGAAAAGAAUGAUUCUUCUCUUUGAAAAAAGGGCAUUGAAAAACCAAGAAAUGAGGAUAAAGUUUCCAGACAGUCCUGAGAAGUUCAUGGAGUCGGAGGUGGAGCUCCACGAGGCGGUGCAGGAGCUCCACGCGGUGGCGACCGUGCCCGACCUCUACCCCGUCAUGGUGGAGCUGGCCGCGGUGCCCUCGCUGCUGGAGCUGCUGGCCCACGACAACACUGACGUGGCCGUCGCCGUGGUGGACCUGCUGCAGGAGCUGACCGAUGUGGACAUCCUGCACGAGAGCCAGGAGGGAGCCGACACGCUGAUCGAUGCUCUGCUCGACCAGCAGAUCUGUGCCCUGCUCGUGCAGAACCUGGAGAGGCUGGACGAGAGCGCGAGAGAGGAGGCGGAGGGUGUGCACAACACUCUAUCGAUAUUUGAGAAUCUGACAGAAUUCAGGCCCGAAAUUUGCGCGGAUGCAGCCAAGCAAGGACUGAUGCAAUGGCUGCUGCGCAGGAUUCGGCUGAAGAUGCCGUUUGACGGCAACAAGCUGUACGCCAGCGAAAUACUGUCCAUCCUUCUGCAGAACACACCAGAGAACAGGCAGCUGCUCGGAGACCUCGAGGGCAUCGACGUCUUGCUGCAGCAGUUGGCAUUCUACAAGCGCCACGACCCGUCUUCAAGCGAGGAGAACGAGAUGAUGGAGAACCUGUUCAACUGCCUGUGCUCCAGCCUGAUGCACGCCCCCAACAGGGAGCGCUUCCUCAAGGGAGAAGGUCUCCAGCUCAUGAACCUCAUGCUCCGUGAGAAGAAGUUGUCUCGAAAUGGUUCCCUGAAAGUAGUCGAUCAUGCCAUGUCUGGUCCUGAUGGCAAAGAGAAUUGCAACAAGUUUGUUGACAUCCUGGGCUUAAGAACAAUAUUUCCUCUAUUCAUGAAGACACCCAAGAAGAACAGGAAGAAAGUACUUACCACUGAAGAACAUGAAGAGCACGUGGUGUCCAUCAUCGCGAGCAUGCUGCGCAACUGCCACGGCCCGCAGAGGCAGCGCCUGCUCAACAAGUUCACGGAGAACGACCACGAGAAGGUGGACCGCCUCAUGGAGCUGCACUUCAAGUACCUGGAGAAGGUGGAGGAGGUGGACCUGGAAAUCGACAAGGAGCGCAGGGACGGGGACGAGGAGACGGACGAGGACGAAGAGAGCAACUACCUGCGGCGGCUGGAGGGCGGCCUGUUCACUCUGCAGCUGGUGGACUACAUCCUGCUGGAGGUGUGCAGCGGCGGCCCGCCCAGCAUCAAGCAGCGCAUCACCCAGAUCCUCAACUUGCGCGGCGGCUCCUUCAAGACCAUCCGCCACGUCAUGAGGGAAUAUGCUGGCAACUUAGGUGACGUAGGAGACACGGAAUGGCGGAAAAUGGAGCAACAACAUAUUUUGCAACUAGUUGACAAGUUUUAACUAUAUAUAUAUAUAUAUAAAUCUGUACAAAUUUUUUAAUUUUAUGUGUUAGAUUAAAAAAUGUGAUUUAAAUCAAUAUUUAUAAAUAAAACAUUUUUUGUAAUCUUA